AAAUAAACGCAGUAAAUUUGUGAUAUAGAAUCUUCCUUUUCAAAAUUAUCAAAAUUCUACAAGGGCGUGUCCCCUGCGCACGUUAAUCGCAGCAACUGUGCAUCCUCCAAUUCCAAAUCCCCUUUUCUCGAUAGUCAAAAUUAAUCAGUCUCGCUAGCUUCGCCACACCUCUCCUCCUCCAGCUUCGGAUUGUUUCAGCUGAUUGUUGGAAUUCUAAACGAUGGCUGACGAGGAGCCUGUAGAUCCAAAGAGGGAACUUGAAGACCGUUGCAAGGCACCAUGCACGAGGCCACUUAAAGAAUAUCAGGCCUGUUCUAAGAGAAUUCAAGGUGAUGAAUCGGGACACAAGCACUGUACGGGACAAUAUUUUGAUUAUUGGCGCUGUGUUGACAAUUGCGUUGCUACUAAGUUGUUUUCGCAUCUCAAAUAACAAUGACAAGACCUCAUUGGUAUACUUACCAACUUACGCUUGUUUCUUUCCUAGAGCCGAUUGUACCCGUUUUGUUGUGCUCUUGACGCUCGAUUCUUUCCAAGAGCCGGUUGUUCCCGUUUUGUUAUGCUCUUGAUGUUACUAGCUGUACAUGAGCAACUGCUUACCCGAGACUGUGAGAUAUGGUUUGCUCAUCGGAUUAAUAAAUGAACUAGAACAGGGUUUUAUAAAAUUCAGCAUGUUAAGAAUAUCAUGUCUGAUGUAAAAUUAAUAAUUGGUAUUGUGUUCCUUGCUAGCAACAUUUUAAUUUCAUUUGUUAGUCUAAAAAGAAGCGUGUUUGUCUCCA